AUGAAUGGAACCGGCACGCUCGACGUCUACGAGGGUCGCGGUAUCGUUGGAUGUAUUACGGAACGGCGCCAAAGCACGACGAUGCUGAUCACCUCCACAAGCGCUGGCGUCCCCGUCACGUUGACGCUGCCCACUGUGACAACCAUCACCGAGACCAGCUUCGCUUUGACAAUCAAUGUUUCUAGUACCCAACCGGCAGGCGUCAACCAGGCCCCUGCGGCGAGCGGCAUGGGUCCUGACAUGGCAACUAUCACAAAUACCGCCGCGGUCCCUGAUACGGCAAUGGUACCCGAUACCGUCACGGUCCCUGCCACAGCCACGGCUGCUGAUGCUGCCGCGGCCCCUGACAUCGUGCUGCCUCCUGAUACGGCGGCGGCUACCACGGCAGUGACUACGGCGCCCAUCACCACGGUGCCGGUGACUACAGCAGCGAGUAACACGGCGCUUACCUCGACGGCAACAUCCAACGGGACAGGCCAAGUGACAGAUACUACCCACUGGACAACCACAAGCAGGCGAUCGAAUGUAGUUGCAACCCUUUCCAACGAUCCUAGUUCAGAUUCGCUGACCACAAAUACUUCCGUAGCGCCGGCGGUUCUAGCUACCGGGAACGGUGGUGUCCAAGGCACGGAACUCACCAAUCCUGGAGGCGGAGUUGCUACAUCUACCAAGUCGGACUUGAAAAGCUCGGCGACAGUGCUGGCGGCUACGGACGGUACGGGCGGUACACAGUUCCUCUCCAACGCUGAUGGAUUCCAAAUUGGGACGACGUCUUCCCAGGCUCCCAACACUAAGCCCCCUACCAUGGCUGCUGCCAUCACCACUUUAACGAUUAUGGUAACAAGCAUCAUGAAGGAGGCUUGCACAACACAGACAAGCGCUUAG